GAUGUACGGGUGCCAUCUCUAUUAUCAGGUUACACUGUUCGAGGCAAGAAAUAAUAAUAACAAUAAUAAUUAAAAGUGUAAGCAAAAGAUAGCCAUGGCCCACGACCGCGAGGUGUUGCGCAUGAUAUGGGAGGGCCAGAUUGGCAUCUGCUUCCAGGCUGACCGCGACGAGAUAGUGGGCAUCAAGCCAGAGCCCUUCUACCUGAUGGUCUCCCGCCUCAGCUACUUGCCGCUGGUCACCGAUAAGGUGCGCAAGUAUUUCACCCGCUACAUUGCCGCCGAGCAUCAGGAUGGUGCCGUUUGGUUCGACUACAACGGGACGCCGCUGCGGCUGCACUAUCCAAUUGGUGUGCUGUACGAUUUGCUGCAUCCGGAGGAGGACUGCACACCCUGGGGCCUGACAAUACAUUUUUCCAAAUUCCCAGAGGACACGCUGGUCAAAAUGAAUUCAAAGGAGCUGCUGGAGUCGCACUACAUGUCUUGCCUGAAGGAAGCGGAUGUGCUGAAACAUCGCGGCCUGGUCAUAUCGGCCAUGCAAAAGAAGGACCACAAUCAGCUCUGGCUGGGCCUGAUCAAUGAUAAAUUUGAUCAGUUUUGGGCAGUCAACAGACGCCUCAUGGAGCCCUACGGCGACCAGGAGUCAUUCAAAAACAUUCCCGUUCGCCUCUACAACGAUGAUGAUUUCACGUACACGCAAAAACUGAUCUCGCCCAUAAUCGAAAGUGGACAAAAGAAGAGCCUCGCCGACCUGAUGGCCGAAUUAUCAACACCUGAACGCAAAGCGGUUGGAUUUCGCACCCAUGGAAUCGAUCUGCACGAGGAGACGCAGGUGCAAUGGAUGUCCGAGCACCUGAGUUAUCCUGACAAUUUUCUGCAUUUAUCUGUGGACUACAAGGAUGUCUAGCCAUAACUCCCUUUCUUCUGUGUGUGUGUGUGGGUGUGUGUGCAUAUAUACUCGAAAUCGUAUUGUCCCAGUCCAUAUAUGCAUGUAUGGUAUUUUCCACCCAUAUUUGAUUCCAGCGUUCCCAGGGCGAUCGCAUGCGAUCGAUUUAUAUAGUAAUUUGUACACAUACAUACAUACGUACCCAUAUUUGUGUAUGUAUAUGUAUAGUUUUUUAAGCAA